AUGUCGAUUCCCACGUCCACCCCAGCGCCGACUCCUGCCCCCGUUCCUGUUGCUGUGGUCUUAUCAGGACCUCCGUCAUUGUCAAGACGUCGACAAACGCUUGUUUCAUUCCCAGACUCGUCCGGUACCGGUACCCCAGCACCACCAGUUAGUACAAGCAGCGGACCUCGACAACGGCGACAAUCCGUGGUAUCCUUCAAGACGGGGCCUCCCAAUGCUGUUCCAGUGCCACCGUCUACCGGUACGAGGCAGCGCCGACAGACCAUCACGUCCAUCCCCCGAACAUCGUUCUCAGCUGCAACGCCGCCACCAGCCAGCAGACGACAGUCUUUCCGAAUGUCUCAACGAUUUCUCCUCGGAAUAACUUUGGGGGGAAGCAGUGGCCACAGCAACAGUACCCGCAUGAGUGCUUCAACCAGGAGCUCUAGCUGUCGUUCACGCACGUCGACCGUGGACAAGUUCAGAAGUGCCGUCAGGGCCCUCUCCGUUUCUGAGGAAGACAUGAGAGAGUUCUUGGAGCAGGAAGGCAAUUUGGAGGCACUCAAACGGAGUCUCAAGAACCGUGGCAUUGUUACCAAUGCCUUGAUUCAGCAAGGAAUCUUUCUUUACUUUCGAGAAUGUCAGUGCCUGGAUUCGACCGAUGAAGAAUUGACCCCUGACAUGUUGAGCGACAGUGAAGAAGAGGACGAGGAAGAGACACCAGAAGACUCUUCGUUCUCUGGAACAGUGCACUCAAAAGAACCCAACCGACCACAGUGGUGCCAGAACCUGGAGUCGAUGGCUGAAGAGUUUACACCAGACAUGCUAAGUGACAGUGAAGACGAGGAAGAAGAGGAGGAAGGAACACCCGGAAAGUAUCCAUUGAAGUCACAAGAAUCCCGGCAAUCGCAGCAGUGCGUGCAUCUGGAUUCGUUGGCUGAAGAGUUGACCCCUGAUAUGUUGAGCGACAGUGAAGACGAGGGUGAUGACGAGCACGAAGAGGAGGACGAAGAGACACCCCUAGAGUACACACGCUCUGGCCAGUCACAAGCCAGGCCAUGGCAGGAGCGCAAGCGCCUGGACUCGUUGGAUGAAGAAUCGACACUCGACGAAUUGAGUGACAGUGAAGGAGAGCUCGAGGAAGCACCCAAAGAGUAUUCCAUCUCUUUCCCGUUGCAACCUCAAGAAUCCAAGCAAUGGCAGGAGCCCAAACGCCUGGAUUCGUUGCCAGAAGAAGCGACACUCGAAGAGUUGAGUGACAGCGAAGAAGAGCUCGAGGAAGAACACCAAGAGACACCCAAAGAGUGUUCAAUCACUUGCCCAGUGCAACCCAAGCAAUGGCAGCAGCGAAAGCGCCUGAAUUCGUUGGAUGAAGAAUCGACCGCCGAAGUUCUGAGCGACAGCAGCAGCAAUAACAGCACCAGUGCUGAUGAUGAAGAAACACAGGAGAUGAAGGCACCUGAAGAGUGUACAGGAUCUGACCUUCAGAACAAAGAAGAAUCCCAGCAAUCCCACGAAGAGCGGCAACAGCACCAACUGGAUGAGUCCGAGGAGGUGGGCAUUUUUGAAUUAUUCGCUAGGCGACGAGCUGCCAAAGAGUUGGCAGUGUGCAGCCAUUAG